AUGAGUGCAGAUGUGAUCAAACGAUCUAACCCGGCGGAUGAUUAUGAAUUGCUGCAGCGUGUCGGUUCGGGUACUUAUGGAGAAGUCUAUAAGGCGAGGGAUAUCAGAAGCGACACGCUGGCGGCUGUGAAGGUAGUAAAACUGGAAGCAGGCGACAAUUUUGCAGUUAUUCAACAAGAAAUAAUGGUUAUCAGAGAAUGCUCACAUCCAAAUAUCAUUGCUUACUUUGGGAGUUAUAUCAGAAGAGAUCGAUUAUGGAUUGUCAUGGAAUACUGUGGUGGUGGGAGUCUGCAAGAUAUUUAUCACUUAACCGGGCCUCUGUCAGAACUUCAAAUCGCGUUCGUUUGUCGAGAAACUCUACGAGGACUUAAUUAUCUGCAUAAUAUGGGAAAAAUUCAUCGGGAUAUCAAAGGAGCCAACAUACUUCUCUCUUCCAGUGGUGAUGUAAAACUAGCAGAUUUUGGAGUUGCAGCACAGAUCACUGCAACUAUCGGAAAGAGAAAAUCGUUUAUUGGUACUCCUUAUUGGAUGGCGCCAGAAGUUGCUUGUGUCGAGAAGCGAGGUGGCUACGGAAUGCAAUGUGAUGUCUGGGCAACAGGAAUCACUGCUAUUGAGCUGGGAGAAUGUCAGCCUCCCCUUUUCGAUCUUCAUCCAAUGCAAGUACUCUAUCUGAUGACAAAAAGUGGAUACAAACCGCCUCAUCUGAAAGACAAACAUCGGUGGUCUCCAUUAUUUCAUGAUUUCGUACGACAAUGUCUCACAAAAAACCCAAAAAAGAGACCCUCCCCUGAGAAGCUUCUGACAACACAUCCAUUUGUCCUUGGAUCACUUUCCGCUAGAAUGACGAGAGACUUAUUGGAUAAAGUGAACGGAGCACCGACAGAUGUAUAUGAUCGUAUGUCGAAGACUGUUGAUGAUUUGACUGAAGAAGAAUCAGAUAUGGACGAUGCUCCGCCACUUCUGACUCCAGAUGCCGCCCCGAUUAGAAUAGGUCUUCCAUCUCAUCUAAAUGGGUUGAGACUUGAUGCAAGAUGUCUUGAGAACUUAACAUCUUCACCGAAUUCUACCUCAUCAGAAACUGAUCGAAAAACUCCCACAGCCACUCCAAGAGGGCUAAAUCGAGGAUAUCACUCGGAAAGAACACUUCCAGCUAAAGAUAUGCCUUUGUUACCUGAUGUCGUCGGAGGAGACGCACUUCUUCAUUGUGGUUCUGGAAAUGGAGUGAUACAUGACGAAGACGAGACUAUUAGAGCACCAAGAGCACCACCACGAACGUUGAGGGCGGCUCAGAAAGCUGCUGCUUCUGGUGCCGAAAAUCGGUUCAGUUCAACGUCAAUUGCUUCGACACCAAGUGAAGAUAGUAUGUCGACGUUCUUCGGAAUGCCCAUUACUCCAAAAGUUCCAAUGGGAGCGUGCUUCUCAAAAAUUAUGGACGGAACUGAUCUGAAAGUGAACUGUGCUGCUUCAUGGGUUCAUCCAUUGACAGGUGCUCACUUACUUCUUUUCGGAACGGAACAAGGAAUCUACUCAUUCGACACAAAUUGCCUGCCCGAUGGAAAUCUCACAAAGAUUCACCACCGGCGUUGCUCUUGGAUGUUCGUCUACUCGGAUCGACUCACUGCAAUUCAAGGAAACACUCCAUAUUUAUAUCGACACGAUCUUAUAGCCUUGACACAGAAGAAUUUGACACUGAAAAUGAGUAAAAAUCUCAAUAAAAUUCCUGAGAAAUACGUUCCGAAGCGACUGGCGAUAACUGUACGAAUGCCGGAGACACGUGGAGCUCUUCAAUGUACAGUAAAACAAGGAGAAGGUGCUCACUCGAAUGCGCUCUUCUUGUGUUGUGCAGUUCCGAAGACAGUUCAUCUAUUCCAAUGGUACAAGCCGAUGAAUCAAUUUGUGUUAGUGAGAAGUGAGCCAUUGCGAGAAGAUAUACGAUUCCCGAUUCGUCCCUUUUCCCUCGUCAACUCUCGAGCUUCGGAUUUCCCUGAACUAUGCAUAGGUGUCGGAAGGAUGUCUGGAUCAUCCGAAUAUCAAUUUAACAUGAUUAAUUUCUGCUCGUCGACUAGAAACUCAGAACUCAGCGAUGGAUUCAAUUCUUCCUUCGAAAGUCUAGCAGACGAUGAGAUGCUUGAAGUUGGAAAUAUGCAUCAAAUCGACAGAAAUACUCUAUGCUUCUCGUAUCGGAACAAGGUGGUUUUAACAGACUUAGGAGGAUUCGAAAGACCGAAACCAUCAAUAUUCACUUUCAACUUCCACAUUGAAUAUCUACAUGUUGUCGAUGGAACAAUUUUAGCAUUUCAUGCGAAUGGAGUUCAGGGGAGAGAUUUGAAGACUAACUUGAAUACUCAAGAUCUCUGUGAUGUGUCGAGAUUGUAUCGAGUAAUCGGUGAUGAUAGAGUAAUCAUUCUACGAUCACAACAAAUGACAGCUCGGAACGCUGGGGACACUUGUGACAUUAGUUUGCUCAUGGGCCACUCGGACACUCCCAUUCUUUAA